AUACAUUCUCCCUUGGCGGAGUGGCUCCAGCUUUGCUGUUAGUCAUACUUUGAAGAGACAAACACACACACACACACAUACGCACACACACAGAGCAAAAAUGGUGGCCGGAAUGGUGAUGCCCUUGGUGGACUUGAGGGCCAUCUACGAGCUCCUGUUUCGCGAUGGUGUCAUGGUGGCCAAGAAAGACAAGCGGCCCCAGACCAAGCACCCAGAGAUCCCCAGCGUGGGAAACCUGCAGGUGAUCCGCGCCAUGGCCUCCCUCAAGUCCAGGGGCUACUUGAGGGAGACUUUCGCCUGGAGGCACUUCUAUUGGUACCUGACCAACGAGGGCAUUGUUUACCUGCGCGACUACCUCCGUCUGCCUGCUGAGAUCAUUCCCUCUUCCCUGCAAAGGGUUCGCCAUCCAACAGCAACCCUGGCCAUUGCCCAAAGGGCAGCGCGUGGGGUCCAGUCAGUGGACGGCCCCACAUCUUAUGUCCCCAAACCUGGCAGGGAAGAGAGUCAGGAGGCGAUGGCUGAGCGCCAGGUCUACCGACACAUGAAGCUGGACGCAGCCGAGGAGGAAGGCCCCUCUGACAGGACGCCAAGGUUCAGAGGUCGCCCGAUGGCCACCGAGCCGGUCAGACCAAGAGCAUCAUGGGAAUCUGAGUCCCAGGCACAGCCUCCCCUUUGGAAGGGGCGGGGCUUCCGCACUGAGGCUUCAAUGAUGGAGGAAAGCCAGGUGAAGAGGGCCUCCACGGUUACCUUCUCUCAGACCACUGAGGCUAGUAGCAGUAAAGCAGGGGUGUCCUCCCAGGAGAAGAUCAUCACUAAGGUUCGUGCAGAAAGGUCCCAGGUGGUUCCGGUUCAGAAAAAUUCUACUUCAACACAUGAAUCACAGGUCAGCAUCAUGUCACUCUCCUCCAAAACAGCCUUCCCAUUAGCUGUUACUGCAGUAGCUAGUGCUGCAGGAGCUGGGGCUGCAUUAGUGAAGGUCUCAGCUGAAUCCUCUUUCAAUAAAGCAGGUAUAGAGAAGCCCAAGAAAGCUGCAGGAGUUGAAGAGGCCCCCAACGUCUCUGAGGAACCUGUACCCAGUAAGCCAGCCAUCCCAUCACCCCUGCCCCCUACUAAAGAGAUUAAGGAGGAGAAAAAAACAGAAGUGAAGGUGACUCCAGAACCCAAGAAAGCAUCAGAAAUGACUGUCCCCCAAGAGACCCCCAAACUCUCAGCCGAACCCACCAAAUCAUUUAAAGUUGAUAACACUGAUCCCUUAUCAGUGGUCAGUGGCAAAGACAGUGUUGUCACUGAAAAGGUUAUUGAAACUAAAAAAGGGAUGAUUGAAGAUUGCUCCAAAUCAAAGAAGAAGAAAAAAUCUCCCAGAGAAAUAACGAAGGCUGCGAUGGCUGAAUCACCUGUCACAAAGGUGUCCAAAGAAAAAGGACUGAAGACCCCCGAGGAAGAGACACAGGAGCCCCCCAAACCCCCACCAGCUUUUGCAUCAUCAAUAAAGCCCAAGGGACCAGAAUCCACUAAAGAAACGAAGGCUGAGGUUCGAAGAGAAACUAAGGCUGAGGUUCAAAAAUCAAGUGAGGCUGAUCAUCAGAUCCCCAAACCAGCAGUGGAACAGAGCAACACUAAGUCUAUAGUAUCACAAGCUGCAUCCCAUCCCGUUGCAGCCCCUCAAGUGCAGGAGAAGGCUGAGACGACCAAUAAAGUGGCCUCAGGCUCAUCUGGAAAAUUCACCCACGGGUCAGAGAUGAGUGUCACUAAAGUGGAAAUGGUAAAAGUGCAGAAGACCAUAAAGAUGGAGAUGGAACAGGAAGCCCUCAAUCCUGUGGAGAUGACCUUCACACUGCCACCCCAACCACCACAACCUGCCAUAGUGCCGGAGACUAAAUCCCCUAUAGAAAUAGCUGUGGUUGAUUCGUCAAAGGCAAAAAAAGCUAAAAAGAAAAAGCAGGUUUCUUCCCCAGACCGUGAGACCACAAAAUCAUUAUCUCCACCUGCAGCUAAAACAUCAUCACCAACAGAGAAGGUGUUGAUGACCAGGGCCGCCGUUAAGGUUGACUUCCCAAAUACCCCAGGGGCAAAAGUAAUGGACUGCUCUCCAAAGAUGCCUCAGGAAGGAAUGUGGUCUGAGGAAACCAGCAUGGCAGCAGCUGUGCAGGCUGGGGCCCCUGCUUUAGACAAAAGAGAGGCGGAGCCUGCCCAGCUCUCUGCUGAAAAAAAACGGGAGGACUCGAAACCAAAAACCUCCUCUGCAAGGGAAGCACCCGGAGAGACAGCGUCAGCCGGAGCCGAGGCACGGGCCAGCCUACACACUGAGCAGGGGGAGCUUCCCAGAGUUGUUGCAAAACACGCUCUAACAGCAGCACAGAGCACAGAGGAGGAGAAGAAAAGUCUAUCUGUUCCUCCCAAGGCCUCGGAGCAGGAGAAGGACAAGGAACCACCACAGACCCCUGCUACCACUGCAGCCACCACCCCUCUGCCAGCACAGCCUCACCUGGAGGACACCUGUGACCAGCCUGUAGACGAGGCCAACAUGAGGAAAAAGAUAGUAGUGGUGGAGGAGGUGAUUGAGGUGCAGCACAUCACUAGCCCGCAGGCGGUGGCUGGAGGAGAGGCUCCUCCUGCUGUUGUACCUGAGAUAACAGGGAAAGAACUGGACUUUGAUGUCCUGCACGCACUGGCCGUUGAACGGGCUCUCCUGGCCGGAGGAGCGGUGGUCGAGUCCGCCCAGAGCACCAUCUCCGACGAUGACUGGGACCACUCUCUGGACGUACCCGAGGAGAAGACCUUCCCCAACUUCAUAGAAGACGAGCGGGAUCGAGUACAGAAAAAGACCUUCACAAAAUGGGUGAACAAACACUUGAUAAAGUCACAGCGUCAGGUCACAGACCUGUAUGAAGACCUGAGAGAUGGACACAACCUGAUCUCCCUCCUGGAGGUCCUCUCUGGGGAGACGCUGCCCAGAGAGAAAGGCCGCAUGAGAUUCCACAAGCUGCAGAAUGUACAGAUGGCACUGGACUUCCUCAAACACCGACAGGUCAAGCUGGUGAACAUCAGAAACGAUGACAUUGCGGAUGGUAACCCCAAGCUGACCCUUGGGCUGAUAUGGACCAUCAUCCUUCACUUCCAGAUCUCGGACAUCCAGGUGAAUGGCCAGUCAGACAACAUGACGGCCAAGGAGAAGCUGCUGAUGUGGUCCCAGAGCAUGGUGGAGGGCUACCAGGGCAUCCGUUGUGACAACUUCACCACCAGCUGGAGGGACGGCAAGCUCUUCAGCGCCGUCAUCCACAAACACCAGCCUAGACUCAUUGACAUGAGUAAGGUGUACCGCCAGACCAACGUGCAGAACCUGGAGUACGCCUUCAACGUGGCAGAGACAGACCUGGGGGUGACACGCCUGUUGGAUCCAGAGGAUGUUGACGUGCCGCACCCUGAUGAGAAGUCCAUCAUCACCUACGUGUCGUCCCUGUAUGAUGCCAUGCCCCGGGAUGUCCAGGAUGGAAUCCAGGCUAACGAGCUGGAGCUGCGCUGGACGGAGUACUAUGAGCUGGUCACUAUCAUUCGGCAGUGGAUAAGCCACCAUGUCGUUAUCUUCGGCGAGAGGAGGUUCCCAGGCAGCUAUGAGGAGAUAGAGAUCCUGUGGCGUCAGUUCUUGAAGUUCAAAGAGACAGAACUGCCUGCAAAGGAGGCCGACAAGCACCGUUCCAAACUCAUCUACCAGUCCUUUGAGAGUGCAGUGCAUGCUGGUCAGGUCAAGGUCCCUCCAGGCUACCAUCCCAUUGAUGUGGAGAAGGAAUGGGGCCAUCUGCACGUGUCCAUCCUAGAGAGAGAACGACUGCUCAGGACAGAGUUUGAGAGGCUGGAGAGACUACAGAGGAUUGUCAGUAAAGUCCAGAUGGAGUCAGGUGUGUGUGAGGAGCAGCUCAACCAGCUGGAGACCCUGCUGCAGACGGACAUCCGUCUCCUGAGUGCAGGGAAGCCGGCUCAGCACACUGCCGAGAUGGAGCGGGACCUAGACAAGGCAGACGGAAUGAUCCGCCUGCUCUUCAACGACGUGCAGCUGCUCAAAGAUGGACGCCACCUGCAGGCCGAGCAGAUGUACCGCAGGGUAUACCGCCUUCACGAGCGUCUUGUGAACCUGCGCACCGAUUAUAACCUGCGCCUCAAGUCGCAGAUGAUCCAGACCAUCCAGCAGCCCUCCACCAGGGCGCGUCCUGAGAUGGACGAGGUGACCCUGCGCUACGCCCAGGACCUGCUGACCUGGGUGGAGGAGAGUCAGAGGCGGAUUGACGAGGCCGAGUGGGGCUCGGACCUGCCCACCGUGGAGUCUCAGCUGGGCAGCCACCGGGGCCUGCACCAGACCGUGGAGGACUUCCGCACCAAGAUCGAACGGGCCAAGGCUGACGAGAGCCAGCUAUCCCCAGUCAGCAAGGGGACAUACAGUCAAUACCUGGGCAAACUGGACCUUCAGUAUGCCAAGCUGCUGAACUCUUCCAAGUCUCGUCUGCGUAACCUGGACUCGCUCUAUGUGUUCGUCAGCGCGGCAACCAAGGAGCUGAUGUGGCUCAACGACAAAGAGGAGGAGGAGGUCAACUACGACUGGAGCGAUCGCAACACCAACAUGACUGCCAAGAAAGACAACUACUCGGGUCUGAUGCGUGAGCUGGAGCUGAGAGAGAAAAAGGUCAACGACAUCCAGGCCACAGGAGACAAGAUGCUGAAGGAGGGCCACCCCGGCAAGAAGACAGUGGAGGCCUUCACAGCAGCCCUGCAGACUCAGUGGAGCUGGAUCCUCCAGCUGUGUUGUUGCAUCGAGGCUCACCUCAAAGAGAACACAGCGUACUACCAGUUCUUCUCGGACGUGAAAGAGGCUGAGGAGAGGAUGAAGAAGAUGCAGGAGAUGAUGAAGAAGAAGUACAGCUGUGAUCGCUCCACUACGGCCACGCGACUAGAGGACCUGCUGCAGGAUGCUAUGGAGGAGAAGGAGCAGCUGAAUGAGUUUAAGACUCACGUGGCCGGCCUGAACAAGAGAGCCAAGACCAUAAUCCAGCUGAAGCCCCGUAACCCCACCAAGUCCAUCAAGGGUAAACUGCCCAUCCAGGCCGUGUGUGACUUCAAACAAAUGGAGAUCACCGUCCAUAAGGGUGAGGAGUGUGCUCUCAUCAACAACUCCCCACAGCCCAACAAGUGGAAGGUCCUUAACCACUCAGGCAUUGAGGCGGUGGUGCCUUCAGUCUGCUUCCUGGUUCCACCUGUCAACAAGGAGGCUAUGGACAGUGUGUCCAGUCUGGACUCUGGUCACCAGUCGAUGCUGAUCCUGUGGCAGAGAAUGCAUGUGGACAUGAAGAGCAUGCUGUCCUGGCAGUACCUGACGAGAGACAUCACACAGAUACGUAACUGGAACAUCACCAUGUUUAAGACCAUGAAGGUGGAGGAGUACCGGCUGAUUAUGAGGAACCUGGAGCUUCACUAUCAGGACUUCAUGCGUGACAGUCAGGAUUCCCAGCUGUUUGGUCCACACGACCGUAUGCAGAUCGAGGGCGACUACUCUAAGACCACACAGUACUACGACAACCUUCUGCGCUCUGUGGAGAAAGGUGAGCAGGACGAGUCGACGUGUGUGACCUACAUCACCCAGAUCAAGGACCUGCGUCUACGGAUAGAGGACUGCGAGGCUCGUACCGUGGCCCGCAUCCGCAAGCCCGUGGACAAAGACCCCCUCAAAGACUGUGCCCAGAAGACCACCGACCAGAAGAAAGUCCAAGUAGAGCUUGAGGGUAUCAAGAGGAACCUGGACCAGGUGGCCGUGAAGACCGAGGAGGUCCUGAGUACCACUCCUAAGCAGUCCAGCACUGCGCCUGUCCUGCGCUCUGAACUGGAGUUCACCCUGAAGAAGAUGGACCACGCCUACAUCCUCUCCUCUGUCUAUCUAGAGAAGCUGAAAACGGUGGACGUGGUCAUCCGCAACACGCAGGGGGCCGAGGGAGUGCUGAAGAAGUACGAGCAGCGGCUGCGCGAGGUCCAAACUGUUCCCGAUGACGUCAAGGAGGUGGAGAAGUACCGCACCCAGCUCAAGAAAAUGCGUGCUGAAGCGGAGGGUGAAAAGCCUGCUUUCGAUUCCCUGGAGGGCAAGCUCGGAAAGGCGGCAGCCGUGAGCGAGAAGAUGUCUCGUGUGCACAGUGAGCGUGACGCUGAGCUGGACCACUACCGCCAUCUCCUGUCCGGUCUCCAGGACCGCUGGCAGGCUGUGUUCUCCCAGAUGGACCUGCGUCAGCGGGAGCUGGAGCAGCUGGGCCGCCAGCUGGGUUACUACAGAGAGAGCUACGACUGGCUCAUCCAGUGGAUCGGUGAGGCCAAGCAGAGGCAGGAGAAGAUCCAGGCCGUGCCCAUCAGCGACAGCAAGACUCUGAAGGAGCAACUGGCCCAGGAGAAGACACUUCUGGAAGAGAUCGAGCAAAACAAAGAGAAAGUUGACGAGUGUCAGAAAUAUGCCAAGGCGUAUAUCGACACUAUCAAGGAUUAUGAACUCCAGUUGGUGGCCUACAAAGCACAGGUGGACCCUCUCUCACCCCUGAAGAAAACCAAAAUGGAUUCUGCCUCAGAUAACAUCAUUCAAGAGUAUGUGACACUAAGAACCCACUACAGCGAGCUGAUGACUCUGACCAGUCAGUACAUCAAGUUUAUCACCGACACACAGCGCCGGCUGGAGGACGAGGAGAAAGCUGCUGAGAAAAUGAAAGCGGAAGACAGGAAAAAAAUGGCAGAGAUGCAGGCUGAGUUAAACAAACAGAAGCAGCUAGCUGAAUCUCAUGCAAAGGCCAUUGCCAAGGCCGAGCAGGAAGCUCAAGAGCUGAAGCUCAUGAUGCAGGAGGAAGUCAGCAGGAGACAAGUUGUUUCAGUAGAUGCAGAAAAGCAAAAGCACAAUAUCCAGCUGGAACUACAUGAGCUCAAAAAUCUCUCAGAGCAGCAGAUCAAGUCCAAGAGUCAACAGGUAGAAGAAGCCAAUCAGAGCAGAGUCAAGAUUGAGGAGGAAAUCCGCAUCAUCAGGAUCCAGCUGGAGACCACUGUCAAUCAGAAGUCUACAGCUGAGGAUGAGCUCAAGCAACUCCGGGAAAAAGCUUCUGAAGCCGAGAGGCUGAGGAAGCUUGCACAGGAGGAGGCUGAGAAGCUCCGCAAACAGGUCAACGAGGAGACCCAGAAAAAACGCAAGGCAGAGGAAGAGCUCAAGUUAAAGUCUGAGGCUGAGAAGGAGGCUGCCAAGCAGAAGCAGAAGGCUCUAGAAGACCUUGAAAAGCUGAAGAUGCAGGCGGAGGAGGCGGAGAGACGCAUGAAGCAAGCUGAAGUGGAGAAGGAGAGGCAGAUCAAAGUUGCCCAGGAGGUGGCACAGAAGAGUGCUGCAACCGAACUCCAGAGUAAACGCAUGUCCUAUGUUGAAAAGACAUCAAAGCUGGAGGAAUCACUCAAACUAGAGCAUGUCACAGUCAUCCAGCUGCAGGAGGAGGCAGCUCGUCUCAAGAAGCAACAGGAAGAGGCUGAUAUGGCCAGGGAGGAGGCGGAGAAGGAGUUAGAGAAAUGGAGGCAGAAGGCCAAUGAGGCACUCCGCUUGAGGCUCCAGGCUGAGGAAGAAGCUCACAAAAAGAGCCGUGCCCAGGAGGAUGCCGAGAAACAGAAGGAGGAUGCUGAGCGUGAGGCCAGGAAGAGGGCUAAAGCUGAGGAGUCCGCACUGAAACAGAAAGAUAUGGCAGAGCAAGAGCUGGAGAGGCAGAGGAGGCUAGCUGAGGGAACUGCUCAGCAGAAACUCUCAGCAGAACAGGAGUUAAUCCGGCUAAGGGCAGACUUCGAACAUGCUGAGCAACAGAGAUCCCUGCUUGAUGACGAGCUGUACCGCCUGAAGAAUGAAGUCAGUGCAGCUGAGCAGCAAAGGAAACAGCUUGAAGAUGAACUGGCCAAAGUGAGGAGUGAAAUGAAUGUACUCCUGCAGCUAAAGUCCAAAGCAGAAAAGGAUAGCAUGUCCAACACUGAGAAGAGCAAACAGCUCCUCGAAUCUGAAGCUGCAAAAAUGAGGGACCUUGCUGAGGAGGCAGGCAAACUUAGAUCCAUUGCUGAGGAAGCCAAGCGACAAAGGCAAGUUGCUGAGCAAGAGGCAGCUCGUCAAAGAGCAGAAGCUGAAAGGAUCCUCAAGGAGAAGCUUACUGCCAUUAAUGAGGCAACUCGUAUGAAGACUGAAGCAGAAAUUGCCCUCAAAGAAAAAGAGGCUGAGAAUGAGCGACUCAGACGACACGCUGAGGAUGAAGCUUACCAGAGGAAAGCUCUGGAGGACCAGGCCAGCCAGCACAAGCAAGAUAUUGAAGAAAAGAUCAAUCAACUCAAGAAGUCAUCUGAGAAUGAGUUGGGAAGACAAAAGACACUUGUCGAUGAAACUCUCAAGCAGAGACGAGUGGUUGAGGAGGAAAUUCGCAUUCUCAAGCUAAACUUUGAGAAAGCCUCAUCUGGCAAGCUUGAUUUGGAGCUGGAGUUGAAUAAACUGAAAAACAUUGCAGAGGAAACACAGCAGAGUAAACUCCAAGCUGAAAAAGAGGCUGAGAAACACAGGAAACUUGCCCUGGAGGAGGAGAAACGCAGGCGCGAAGCAGAGGAAAAAGUAAAAAAGAUCACUGCUGCAGAGGAAGAAGCAGGCAGACAGUGCAAAAAUGCACAGGAGGAAGUGGAGCGCCUCAAAAAGAAAGCAGAUGAAGCCAAAAAGCAGAAAGAGGAUGCUGACAAGGAAGCAGAGAGACAGAUUAUCGUAUCCAAACAAGCAGCACAAAAAUGCAAUGCAGCAGAACAGCAAGUUCAGACUGUCCUUGUCCAACAGAAGGAGGACAACCUUAUGCAGAAACAGCUCAAGGGAGAGUAUGAGAAAGCAAAGAUGCUUGCAAAACAGGCAGAGCUUGCCAAGGAAAAGGCAGAGAAGGAGGCUGCUCUUCUCCGGCAACAAGCAGAGGAUGCAGAACGCCAAAAACAGGCCGCUGAACUCGAAGCUGCCAACCAAGCCAAAGCUCAAGAGGAAGCCGUAAAAUUGAGAAAGGAGGCAGAGUUCGAAGCUGCCAAGCGAGCACAGGCUGAGGCUGAUGCAAUCAAACAGAAACAACAAGCAGAUGCUGAGAUGGCAAAGCACAAAAAGCUUGCAGAGCAAACAGUGAGUCAAAAGUCUCAGGUAGAGAAAGAGCUCGCAAAGGUCAGGCUUCAGCUGGAUGAAACUGACAAGCAAAAAUCUGUCUUAGACGAGGAGCUGCAGCGCUUAAAGGACGAAGUCGGUGAUGCGGUCAAGCAGAAGGCCCAGGUGGAAGAGGAGUUAUUCAAAGUCAAGAUUCAGAUGGAGGAGCUGGUCAAACUGAAACACAGAAUUGAGCAGGAGAACCAGCGUCUUAUCAAAAAGGACAAGGAUAACACUCAGAAAUUCCUGGCUGAGGAAGCUGAGAACAUGAAGGAGCUUGCAGAGGAAGCUGCCAGACUCAAUGUGGAAGCCCAAGAGGCUGCACACAUGAGACAAAUCGCUGAAUCUGACCUCUCCCAACAGAGGGCACUUGCAGAGAAGAUGCUAAAGGAGAAGAUGCUUGCCAUUCAGGAAGCAUGUAAACUGAAAGCAGAGGCUGAGAUGCUCCAAAGACAGAAGGACCUGGCUCAAGAGCAGGCCCAGAAGCUGCUUGAGGAUAAACAACUGAUGCAGCAGCGUCUUGAGGAAGAGACUGAGGGCUUCCAGAAAUCCUUGGAAGCUGAGCGCAGGAGACAGCUGGAGAUCACAGCCGAAGCUGAAAACCUCAAAGUGAAAGUGUCCCAACUUAGUGAUGCUCAGUCCAAAGCAGAGAAUGAGGCCAAGAAAUUCAAGAAGCAAGCAGAUGAGAUCAGUGCCCGUCUUCAUCAGACAGAGCUAGCGACUAAAGAAAAAUUUACCUUUGUGGAGACACAGAGACUGAGCAGCAACAACGAGGCUGAUGAGCUACGCAAAGCCAUCGCUGAUCUAGAAAAGGAGAAGGCCAAACUGAAAAAGGAGGCUGAAGACCUACAGAAUAACUCUAAAGAGAUGGUCAAUGCUCAGCAGAAACAAAUCCAACGCGAGAAGACAGUACUCCAGCAGACGUUCGUCACAGAGAAGGCGGAACUGUUGAAGAAGGAGAAACAAAUUGAAGAGGAGAAGAAGAAGCUGGAGAACCAGUUUGAGGAGGAGGUCAAGAAGGCCAAGGCCCUCAAAGAAGAACAGGACCGCCAGAGGAAACAAAUGGAGCAGGAGAAGGAUAAACUUCAGGCUACCAUGGAUGCUGCCCUCAACAAACAAAAAGAGGCCGAGAAAGAAAUGCUCAACAAGCAAAAAGAGAUGCAGGAGCUUGAAAGGAAAAGACUUGAACAGGAAAAGCUGCUUGGCGAGGAGAACAAGAAACUUCGUGAGAAACUGCAGCAGCUCGAGGUCGCCCAUAAAGAGCCCGUCUCCCACACCAGAGAAAUCGAUAUCCAGACUGACGAUGUGCCUGAGGAUGAACUGAUCCAUAUGACCAUGGUGGAGACAACAAAGCAGGUUAUCAAUGGCCAAAGUGUUGGGAACGAGGUUGACAGUAAGAAGGAUGCAUUUUCUUUUGAUGGCAUCCGCGAGAAAGUACCUGCACGCAGACUUUAUGAAGUUGGCCUUUUGACAAAAAAGGAGUUCGAUAAGCUGAAGAAAGGCAAAGCCACUGUGCAAGACCUCAGCCAAACUGACAAGUUAAGAACAAUUCUGCAGGGCAAGAACUGUAUAGGGGGUGUCUUGACACAGUCUAAUCAGAAAAUGGCAAUAUAUCAAGCUAUGAAAGAAAAGAAAAUUACUCCUGGCUGGGCUUUGAUCCUCCUGGAGGCACAGGCAGCAUCUGGCUAUGUAAUAGACCCAGUUAAAAACAAGAAACUCUCUGUCAGUGAGGCUGUGAAGGAAGGCCUGAUCGGACCUGAACUGCACAACACAAUGCUGUCUGCUGAGAGAGCUGUCACUGGUUACAAAGACCCUUACACCGGUAACACGAUCUCACUCUUUGAAGCUAUGAAGAAGGGCUUGAUUGACAGAGACCAUGCCAUUAGGCAGCUUGAGGCUCAGGUAGCGACUGGUGGACUCAUUGACCCCAUAAACAGCCACCGUGUGCCCAUCGAGACUGCAUACAAACAGGGGCAGUUUGACACAGAGAUGAACAAGAUACUGGAGGACCCUUCGGAUGACACCAAGGGAUUCUUUGAUCCUAACACCCAGGAGAACUUAACAUACUUUCAGCUAAUGCAGAGAUGCAACACAGAUCCGGAGACAGGACUACUGCUCCUGCCCAUCACUGACAAGGCUGCUCUGAGCACGUCAACCUACACAGAGCAGGAGACCAAGGAUGUGUUCAGCAAGACGACUGUCUCUGUGCCAUUUGGAAAAUUCAAAGGGAAGACUGUAACUAUCUGGGAAAUCAUCAAUUCUGAGUACUUUACCGAGGACCAGAGAAAGGACCUUAUUCGUCAGUACAAGACAGGAAAGAUCACAGUGGAAAAAAUCAUCAAGAUUGUUAUCACUAUGGCAGAGGAAAAGGACAAAAAGAAUGAAAUCGCCUUUGAGGGUCUGAGGGGAACAGUCCUUGCUACUGAACUACUGGAGUCCAAGAUAAUCGACAAAGACCUCUACAACAAGCUGCACACAGGCAAUAAAACAAUCAAAGAGGUGUCUGAAAUGGAGCCUGUUCAGAAAUCCUUGAAGGGUACAAACUGCAUUGCAGGUGUAGUUAUUGACUCAACUAAGGAGACUAUGUCUUUCUAUCAAGCCAUGAAGAAGGAUAUGAUGAGGGUAGGGCCUGCUUUAACUCUCCUGGAAGCACAAGCAGGAACAGGAUUUGUUGUUGAUCCUCUAAAGAAUCAGAAGUACACUGUUGAUGAAGCUGUGAAAGCAACUGUCAUUGGUCCUGAGCUGCAUGAAAAAUUACUGUCAGCUGAAAGAGGUGUUACAGGCUACAAAGAUCCUUACACGGGAAAGACUGUGUCUUUGUUCGAAGCAAUGAAGAAAGAACUCAUUCCAAAGGAUCAGGGCAUCAGACUCCUAGACGCGCAGCUUGCAACAGGAGGCAUCAUUGAUCCAGUGAAAAGCCACCGCAUCCCACAUGAUGUUGCCUGUAAACGAGGCUUCUUUGAUGAUGAAAUGAACCAGAUUCUGAAAAAUCCAACUGAUGAUGUUAAAGGCUACUUUGACCCCAACACACAGGAAAAUGUUACAUACUCACAGCUAUACAAGAGAUGUGUCACUGACAAGAAAUCUGGCCUUCAGCUUCUACCUCUGUCUGAGCAAGCAAUCAAUGCGAAGGAAGAACAUGCAUACACAGAGGUCCAAACCAAAGAGGCCAUGAGCCAAGCAACAAUGGAGCUGCAGUCUGGUCCACUCAAAGGGAAGAAACUCACUAUCUGGGAAAUGAUCCACUCUGAAUAUAUUACAGAGGAACAGAGAAUUGAACUGAUGAGGCAGUAUAGGUCUGGGACGAUUACAAUAGAAAAGAUCAUCACGAUUGUGAUCACCAUUGUAAACGAGAAAGAGGCUAAGAAACAAGAGCAAGACAGCUUCAAAGGGCUUAGAGCACCUGUCUCUGCCAAGUCACUGUUUGAUUCCAAAAUCAUUGACAAAGCUACGUUUGACAUGCUCCAACAAGGCAAAAAGACACCUACACAGGUCAGCGAAAAUGUCAAUGUAAGCAAGUACCUGCAGGGCUCUGACAGUAUUGCUGGUGUCUACCUUGAACCGACAAAGGAGAAGAUCAGCAUCUAUCAAGCUAUGAAGAAAAAUCUUCUGAGACACAACACUGGCCUGUCACUUCUAGAGGCCCAAGCUGCCACAGGGUUCAUUAUAGAUCCAGUGAAGAACCAGUACCUGUCAGUGGAUGAUGCCGUUAAAGCAGGCAUUGUCGGCCCUGAGCUACAUGAGAAACUGCUUGCUGCUGAAAAAGCGGUCACUGGUUACAAAGAUCCCUUCACAGGCAAAACAAUCUCUCUCUUCCAAGCAAUGGAAAAAGAUCUCAUCAUUAAGGAGCAUGUCAUGCCACUCAUGGAGGCCCAACUGAGUUCAGGAGGAAUCAUUGAUCCUGUGAACAGCCACCGCGUUCCUAUUGACGUUGCCUAUCAGAAGAGCCUUUUCAGCAAAGAAAUGACACACACCUUCUCAGAACCAUCUGACAAUAACAAAGCUUUCUCAGACCCAAAUUCAGAUGAAAAAGUAACAUACAAACAGCUGAAAGAGAAGUGCACUAGAGAUCCUGAUUCAGGCAUGAACCUUUUACCACUUUCCAAGCCACAGGCCCCUACUGUGGUGGAGAAGACAUACCUCUACACGGAGGAACAGACGCAGAAUGACCUGACCACAACCAAAAUUGACCUCCCCAGUUCACUUGAGUCCCUUGCUGGAGGCUCAAAAAGUCUCUGGGACAUCAUGAACUCAAAUCUACUUCCUGAGCAAGAGAGAAAGAAGCUGAUGGAGGAGUAUCGCUCAGGCAGUAUCACUAAAGAGCGCAUGAUCAUCAUCAUUAUUGAGAUUAUGGAGCAGAGAGAGAUCAUCAGAGGUGAAACUGUUAAGUCCUGCAACACAAUCAGACGUAGGGUCACUAUCGAGGAGCUCUACAAUUCCCGUAUCAUUGACCUGGAGACAUUCAACCUGCUGAAGCAAGACAAAAGAAACAUCCGUGACAUUAUGGAGAUGCAGAGUGUGAAGCAGUAUCUGUUUGGCACGGGUUGCGUUGCUGGUGUUAUGUCUGACUCCACUUCCAAGAUGAGCAUUUAUUCGGCGAUGAAGAGAGGGUUCUUGAAGCCUGAAAUUGCCCUUAGUCUCCUGGAAGCACAAGCAGCAACAGGAUUCAUAAUUGAUCCUGUCAGAAACGAGACACUCACUGUUGAUGAGGCUGUCCGCAAGGGUGUGGUCGGCCCUGAGAUCCACGACAGACUUCUGUCAGCUGAGAGAGCGGUCACAGGCUACAAGGACCCUUACAGUGGCAAAAUCAUAUCUCUCUUCCAAGCAAUGAAAAAGGACCUUGUUCUGGAGGAUUAUGCUCUGAAAAUGUUGGAGGCUCAGACUGCCACAGGAGGCAUUAUGGAUCCGGAAUUCUACUUCCACCUCCCAGCAGACAUUGCCACACAGAGAGGAUACAUCAACAAGGAAACAAAUGAAAGGCUUGCUGAUGACGUAAAGGGAUUUGUUGACCCUGUCACUGAGGAGAAACUUUCUUAUGCCCAAUUACUCAAGAGGUGCAAGAUUGACCCUACCAAUGGGAUGCGCUUGCUGUCACUGGGAGACAAGAGACUGAUGUUCAAAGGUCUUAGAAAACAGAUCACCAUAGAGGAGAUGUUACGCUCUCAGAUCAUCGACCAACAGACAGUCAAUGAGCUGAAUGAAGGACUGAUUUCAGUGGAAGAGGUUAGCCGUAGACUCCAAAAAUACCUUGAGGGCACAAGCUGUAUCGCUGGUGUUUAUGUAGAGGGAACUAAUGACCGUCUAUCAAUCUACCAAGCCAUGAAAAAGAACAUGAUCAGACCAGGAACUGCCUUUGAACUGCUUGAGGCUCAGGCUGCCUCAGGCUAUGUAAUUGACCCAAUCAAAAAUCUCAAACUUACUGUCAAUGAAUCUGUCAAGAUGGGAAUAGUGGGGCCAGAAUUCAAAGACAAACUUCUCUCUGCUGAGCGUGCCGUGACAGGUUACAGAGACCCCUAUUCCGGCAAGACAAUCUCUCUGUUCCAGGCCAUGAAGAAGGGGCUCAUCUUAAAAGACCAUGGAAUACGUCUCCUUGAGGCUCAGAUUGCCACUGGCGGAAUCAUUGACCCAGAGGAGAGUCAUCGCUUGCCAGUGGAGGUGGCCUACAACCGUGGCCUCUUCGACGAGGAAAUGAAUGAGAUUCUCACAGAUCCAUCAGAUGACACCAAGGGUUUCUUCGAUCCCAACACUGAGGAGAACCUGACCUACCUCGGGCUAAUGGAGAGGUGCAUCACUGACCCAGCUACUGGCCUUGUCCUCCUGCUCCUGAAGGAGAAGAAGCGCGAGAGAAAGACCUCCUCCAAAUCCUCUGUUCGCAAACGCCGAGUAGUCAUCGUGGACCCAGAUUCAGGCAAAGAGAUGACUGUCUAUGAGGCAUUUAGAAAGCAGCUCAUUGACCAUCAGACCUACCUAGAGCUUUCUGAGCAGGAGUGUGAGUGGGAAGAGAUCACGCAGACAUCCUCUGAUGGCGUUGUCAAGUCAAUGAUCAUCGACAGACGGUCAGGAAGACAGUAUGACAUUGAUGACGCCCUCGCACGAGGCCUCAUCGACCAGACUUCACUUAGUACAUACCGCUCCGGAAACCUGUCAAUCACUGAGUUUGCUGACAUGCUGUCUGGAAACAUGGGUGGCUUCCGCUCCCGGUCAUCCUCUUUUGGUUCCACCUCGGGUUCCACCUCAUCAUCAUACAAUGCCAUGAGCCCCAUACCCUCCAUUAGACCCCCUGCAAUCAUUUGGAAUGACCCCACAGAGGAGACUGGCCCUGUAGCCGGAAUCCUGGAUACAGACACUUUGGAGAAGGUGUCAGUCACAGAGGCCAUGCACAGGAACCUUGUGGACAAUAUCACAGGCCAAAGAUUACUUGAGGCACAAGCCUGCACAGGGGGCAUAAUCGACCCGACUACUGGGGAACGAUUCGCUGUUACUGAGGCAACCGAGAAAGGACUUGUGGACAAGGUGAUGGUGGACCGUAUCAACCUGGCUCACAAAGCUUUCAAUGGAUUUGAGGACCCAAGAACCAAAGUGAAGAUGUCUGCCUCCCAAGCUCUAAAGAAAGGCUGGCUGUAUUAUGAAGCUGGGCAACGUUUUCUGGAAGUCCAAUACCUUACGGGGGGGCUGAUUGAACCGGAUGUUGAGGGCAGAGUCUCACUGGACGAAUCCAUCAGAAAGGGCACAAUUGAUGCUCGCACUGCUCAGAAGCUGAGAGAUGUGAGUGCUUACUCCAAAUACCUGACGUGUCCCAAAACCAAACUAAAAAUCUCCUACAAAGAUGCCAUGGAUAGAAGCAUGGUUGAGGAAGGAUCUGGCCUGCGACUGCUGGAGGCCUCCUCACAGUCAAGCAAAGGGCUGUACAGCCCAUACAAUGCCAGCAAUUCUGGGUCUGCUGCUGGCUCCAGGUCUGGGUCCAGGACUGGAUCCAGAACAGGAUCCAGAAGAGGCAGCUUUGAUGCCACAGGUUCCGGUUUCACCAUGAACUUCUCAUCCUCUUCCUACACCAGCUCCAGCAGUUACGGUGGCCGCAAAUAUGAUGCAGGACCUCAUAAUGGGCUCAACAUGGAUGAGCUAGUUCAAGCCCUUACGGCUCUAGCAAUGAUCAGGCCAUGCAGCUCAGAAGAACAACGAGCCUUCCCCAUGAUGAUACCAAUGCAUAUCACGGUUGCAGAAGAAAGGGGGAGUGUGUAUGGAUUGGCAACACUCAUAUCCAAGGAACAGAGCUCUAGGCGGGAGUCAGAGGAGUGGAGCCAAUGGCAGGGGGAGUUCAGAGGUCAAAUCCGAGCCCUGCGACACUGGCUGAAGAGCAUGGAGAUGAGGCUACCUCCUCUGGACCAUAUGCUGCAGCCUCAGGUGUAUCAGGACAAGAUUCAGCCCCCUGAACAGCUUUCACAAGUGCUGCAGAGACUGCUGUACAGGGGAGGCACUCCCUUCUUUGAAAGUGAUGAUGGCUGGCUUCCUAUCCUCAAGAUCACUGAUCUCAGCUGUUUUGUGCAGUGUGCUCAGGAGGACCACAUUUUUGUUCCUCUUUGGGAGCAACACCCCUCCCUCGGACAAACCCCUCAGGACCAACCCCUCCCCCACCCCCACGGUCACCACCAUCAGUACUCUGGACAAUGCCUGGCAAGGCACCCCUCCCCUAUCAAGACAUCCAGGAACAGCACCCUGACCAGGAAGGCCGUGGUCCAAGAGAUCCCCCAUGGGAGAUCCCCUCUAGCCCAGCCUGGCUCAGUCCCAGGCUCAGCGGAGAGGAGGGCCAGCUUCCAGAGGAGAGACUCCAGAGAAGGAAGUCUCCAGAGGAGAGACUCUAGAGAGGGCAGCCCCUGGUCCUGGAAGACCUUGGCCUCCCACGAGGUCACGGAGGUGACGGAAGUGACAGAGACAGUUGUGACAGAAAUUGUGGAGGUGACGGAGUACCCUUCUGGAGAGAAGGGCGGAGAUCCCAUAGUCACCAGGACUGUUAGGGUUCUGACUGGAGCAGCUGAGGAACUCGCUGAGCUGCAUAGCGACGGACAUUCUAGUUCAGACCAAGAUUCCAGCCUGGACCGUUGGAGGGGAAUGAGAUCUGCCUUGAGUCUGAGAGAUGAUUUUGCAGAUUCUGAAACGUUCCAUCAAUCCCUGGAAGCACUGUUGACCUGGGUCUGUGAGAUAGAGGAGCUGACAGCCAAUCAGAAGCCUCAAUCUUCAGAGGUCAAAGUGGUGAAAGCACAGCUACAAGAGCAGAAGCUCCUGCAGCGCCUCCUGGAGGACCGGAGGCAGAGUAUGGAGACCAUGAUGCUGGAGGGCCCUCAUAUGGCCGAGGCCUUCCCAGGCAAGGAGGGGGAGCAGGCCAGGGUCCAGCUUUCCACGCUCAGACACAAAUGGGAGGCCUUACUGGUAGAUGCAGUGAACAGGCGGGGCAGUCUGGAGCUCAUCCUGCCCAGGGCCAAGCUCUUCCAGGAGAGGGUGGACAGCCUGCAGCAAUGGCUCAUCUCUGUGGAGCAGGACCUGGCCGAGCUACGCAAUGCUGAGAGGGAAAUGCUACACCUCCCCGAGGGUACGGAGAAAGCUAAGGCUGUGGUGGAAGAGAUCAAGGCGAAAAACGCUGACUUGGUGAAAAUUCAACAGAGCGGUCAUGAUCUCAAGGAGAUGAUUUCAGAGGAGGAAGCCCAGCAGGUGCAGGAGCGUGUGGACAGCCUGAGGAUACGCUGCUCGGUGUUGAGCCUGACCAGUGGCGACGUGCUGCAGAGACUGGAGCAGGCCCUGGAGGCAUCCAGCCGCUGCACCUCCAGCCAGGAAGACCUCCACCUGUGGCUGGGCCGCAUCGAGAGAGAACUGCUGGGGCCUGCUGGGGGGCAGACUGGGGGUGGAGACACGGUGCUCUGUGCUGCAGAGAGACAGAGGUUGGAGCAGGCUGUGGUGAAGGAGAUGGCCUGGUUCAGAGACACUGCCCUGAGCCUGGAGCAACUCAAAGCUAUUACUCUGGAGCCUGAGCAUAUCUCUGCCCAACUCUAUGAACAGAAGAUCCUUGCGGUGGAGAUUCUGCAACACAAGUUCAACAUUGAGAAGAUGGUGAAGAUCGCUGAAAUCUUGCAGACAUACGGUGAUGAAGGGGAAAUAGGGGACCUGCAGAUCCCGUUGGAUGCCUUACAGGAACAAUGCAACACCACGUCAGCCACCAACUCCCAUGUGGUCCUGCAGCUGGAGCAUGCCCAGUCCCUCUUGGUCCAGUUCACUCAGGGCCUUGCUGAGGUGUCACCGUGGCUACAGGAAACCCAAGCGCUCAUUGGCCAGCUCUCCCUGAGCACCAUUAGCUACAAGGCAUUCCGAGAACAACAGGACCUCUUACAGGGCCUAAGGGAGUCCAUAGCAGAGCAUAGACCUCUGAUAGCACGGCUGUGCUCGCUGGGGAAACGUCUGUCAGAGCUUAGUCCCGCCCAGGGGGAGGAGUUAUGUCAUAGCGCCACAGAGCUUAAGGAGCAGCACAGGGCCAUCAGGGACAGGGUCAGAGAGGCUGCCAAUCUACUGGAAGAGUCCCUGCCCAGAUACACACAGUUGAAUGAGAGGAUGACGCUGAUUAGAGAGAGUCUGGAUGGUCUGCUUGGUCACAUGCAGUCCCCAGCCUCUCUGCAGGGUCAGACCCCACGCAUCCAGGAGCAGCUACAGGACAACAAGCACACUCUGGCUGAGCUCUCCAAGCUGGAACUGGGCCUAGGGAGUAUAGGGACCCAGGCUGAUGAGCUCCUGGCCAACACACAGGCAGCUGGGGACGCCUCCAUCGGUACAGCAAUCCAGGAGCGGGUGUCCAGCCUGACUCAGCUGUGGGAGGAGGCUCAGAGGCAGGCUCAGGAGAGAGAUGGCUGGCUGCUCAACCUGCUGGACCUGGCUCUCAAGUUCUGGAGUGAUGUUAGUGAUGCGACGGCCGGCCUGUACGAUGCCCAACAGGCUGUCCUGGACCUGAACGCCAGCAGGACAGACUCAGAGACCAUCCGCCAGAGCCUGGAGACUAUGCAGACACUCAGGGAGGACAUCGACAGUCUACAGGGGGACCUGGACACGCUUGGCAUUCUGGGAAUGGACCUGAUGUCAGCAUGUGGGGAUACAGACAAACCUGAUGUCACCAAGAGCUUAGAUGAGCUCUACUGCACAUGGAACAACCUGAGUAAACUCUGGAGUGAGUGUCACAAAACACUGGAGGAAUCUUUACAGAUGGCUCUACAUUACCAGGACACCAUGCAGGGGCUUUUCGAGUGGCUCAAGUCAGCAGAGCUGAGAUCCACAGAGGAGUUCUUGGUAGGAACUGACCUGGAGUCAGUCAAAGAGCAGCUGUGUGAUCUCAAGGAGUUUAAACGGGAGCUAUACCAGAAGAAGAUCGAGAUGGAGAGCCUGAACCACCGCUUUGUGUGCAGGCUGUCUCCAGGCUCUGAGCGUCCCGGAUCUGUCUCUCCCCUGUGUGACUUCAGACAGCGCUGGGACAGCCUGGAGGCAGAGACUGUCAGCAGACAGCAUCAGCUGGAGUGUUCCCUGCUGGGUCUGGGUCAGUUCCAGAACACUCUGGAUGAGCUGCACACCUGGCUCUCCCACACAGCCGACCUCCUCCAGAGCAGUCGGCCAAUCAGCAUCGACCUGCAGGCAUGCGAGAUAGAGCUGGCCAAACACAAGGUGCUGCGUAAUGACGUCAUGUCCCACGUGCGUACGGUGGAGUCUUUGAACCAGGCGGGACGGGGCCUAUUGGAUGUGGGGACUGGGGACAGCCCUCACGGUCUGCACCCACAGCUGGAGCAGCUGAAUGAACGCUGGGAGUUUGUCCGCUGUGAGACAGAGCGCAGACAGCUGGAGCUGGAGAACAACCUCAGUCAGGUCCAAGAUGUUACAAUGGAGAUCCAGGAUCUUCUUCAGUGGUUGGAGAACACAGACCUGAGGCUGUCCUCCAGUAAGACAGUGUGGGGGAUGCCUGACUUUGCCAGCGAGAGGCUCAACGCACAUCUGGAGCUGUGUAACGAGAUGGACUCCAAGCUCCAUGCCUACACAGACGUGAGGAACGCCAUCCGCAGGAUGUUGGAGAGCGGCAACGUGACCCGGGGCUCCAGCACGGAACACAGCCUCUGUAUCCUGGAGCAGAAGUGGACUACCGUCUAUGGGAAAGUACAGGACCGCAAGGCUAAGCUAACCGAAGGGUUGAGCCUGGCAAAGGAGUUCCACUGUAAUGUCCAGGAGCUGCUGACCAGGAUGACCAAGUAUGAGGAGGCCAUAGGAGACCUGCCUGCCCCCAGCUUCAUCCUGGACACAGUCUGUGGCCAGCUUCAAGAACACCGGACUCUGGUGAGUGAGGUGAACUGCUACGGUGAGAAGAAGACAGUGGUGGAGACUUCAGGCUCCAGGCUGACCGAGCUGAGCAGGAAGGAGGACUGUGACGUGGUUCACAACCUGAUCAUGACCGUACAGGACCGCUACAGGAAACUUCACCAGUGCACCACAGAGAGGGGCCGAACACUAGAGGACGUCAAGAAGAAUGCAAAACAGUUCAGUGAAUCUUGGCGCCUUCUAGUGGACUGGAUGACUGAGGUGGAGCAGACGCUGGACACACAUAAAGAGAUCGCCGCGGACCACGAGGAAAUUAAACUGCAGCUCACCGAACAGAAGGACUUCCAGAAGCUUCUGCGCUCGAAGCGACCUAUGUACGAGGCCACUCUAAAGAGUGGGCGGGGCCUCCAUGAGAGGUCUCAGAGCGCCCAGGACAGACAGCACCUGGAGAACCUGCUCUCUGAGCUCCGGGACUCAUGGGAUACCAUCAGUGGCAAAUCCAUGGAAAGGCAACACAAACUGGAGGAGGCACUGCUGUUUUCAGGCAGAUUCACAGACGCCCUUCAAGCCUUGAAUGACUGGUUAUACAGAGCAGAGCCACAGCUGGCUGAAGACGUACCUGUCAGUGGGGAAAAAGACAUGGUCAACAAUCUGAUCGACAAGCACAAGGUGUUCCAGAAGGAGUUGGGGAAGCGAGCCGGGUGCAUUAGGACCCUGAAGCGCUCGGUGAGGGACCUGACCAGGAGCAGCACUGCUGAUGCCCAUUGGUUGCAGGAGCAGAUGGACGAAUUGGAGGGACGCUGGGAGGAUGUGUGCAAACUGUCCGUAUCCAAGCAGGCCAGGCUGGAGGCAGCCCUUCAACAGGCUGAGAAGUUUGACAGGCUGGUCCACUCCUUCCUGGAACAUCUGGCGGAGGCAGAGAGGGUGCUGAAGUACGGGGUCAUCCCUGAGGAGGAGGAAGCUCUGCUGGCCUUUCGCAAACAACAUAAGGAGUCAAUCACUUCCCUGAGCUUCCAGGAAAUGGAGCUAGAGAGCAUCCAGUGUCUGAGUGAGGAAAUCCUGUCCUCCUGUCACCCAGACUCCAUCAUCACACUCAAGUCCUGGAUCAGCGUCACCAAGACCCGCUACGAAGAGGUGCAGACUUGGGCCCAGCAGCAGGGCCAGAGGAUCCAGGCCAGCCUGUCUGCUCUGGAGGAUGAGCGGGAGAAUCUGCAGCGCCUACUGGACUGGAUCUCAUCCGCCGAGGAGGCCCUCGACCUCAGAGACCAGGAGCCACCGGCUGAGAGCAUAGAACACAACCAGGAACUCAUCGUCCAACACAUGUUAUUCAUGGAGGAGCUGAACCGAAAACUACCAGAUGUAGAACAUGCCACAAAAUCCUGCAAACAGAAGCUGAUCCCCAAACAGCAGGCUUCGCCGUGCCGCAAGGCACUGACAAAGAGGAGGAGCACUCUGAAACUCCAGCCUAUAGUAAUCCCUCUCCCCCUGGAGAACCUGAACCCUCAGACCCCUCAGCUGAGUCAGCUGGUCAGCCACUGGCAGAAACUCUGGCUCCUGGCUCUGGCCAGACAGGGCCGCCUAGAGCAGCACGAGCAGAGACUCCAAGAGAUGGAGGAAUUUGCAAACUUUGACUUCAACGUCUGGCGAAAGCGCUACAUGCAGUGGAUCAGCCACCUCAAGUCUCGGAUCCUAGAUGUGUUCCGAAACAUCGACAGGGACCAGGAUGGACGAAUCAGCAAGAAGGAGUUGAUCGACAACGUCCUGGCAUCCAAAUUCCCCACCAACUCCCUGGAGAUGAAUGCAGUGGCCAAUAUCUUUGACAUGAAUGGGGACGGCUUCAUUGACUACUACGAGUUUGUGAGCGCCCUCCAUCCCAGCCGGGAUCCCUACAGGAGGACGCUAGAUGCAGAUCAGAUCAACGAGGAGGUGAGUCGACAGGUGUCUCAGUGCAACUGUCCCAAGAGGUUCCAGGUGGAGCAGAUCAGUGCCAACCGCUACAGGUUUGGGGAUUCCCAACAGUUGCGGAUGGUGCGUAUCCUGCGCAGUACCCUGAUGGUACGAGUGGGAGGAGGUUGGACAGCACUUGAUGAAUUCCUGGUCAAGAAUGACCCUUGUAGAGUGAAAGGUCGGACGAACCUAAAGAUAAAGGAGAAGUAUUUAUUCGACAACUCCCAGAAAGGAGGCUCGUCUAAAACCCUGACGGUCAGCAGGUCCAACUCCAGCCUGAGUCUCUACAGCAGCGCCUCGGCUCCAAGCAGCCCCCUAACACGCAAAGCCUUACUGCGGAGGAGUCUCUCAGGCGACCGCUGCAUCCGGCCCAGGAGCUCCAUAGCUGCUCUGGGGUCAGAUCUACAGUUCUCCACUGCGGAUGAGGAUUCUCUUUCGCAAUCAGAGGAAGCUGAAAGACUGCCCACAUGAUGAGGAAGGUAUGUCAAUGCGCAUCAUGUGAACGCUACAGUGAUGAGCUCCACUACAGCCUUGGGGUCCAGAGAGAGAGAGAGAGAGACCAACAAGACAAGGCCUCAGUCACAAGCCCAUAGACUGCCACUAAGGGGAACUCCACAAUCUUCAGAAGUGAUACAAAAAGGCCUGAUUCUCAAUUGGAAACUGUGUUUGUAUGCUCUGUGAAGAGCCUCUGAUUGUUCAGCUUGGGAUAUGGACAUGACCUCUGACCUAAACCUGGACAUAUCCCACUACACUCCUCUCUGAGUCAUUGUAUUGAUAUAGUCGUCAUUUCGAUCAUCUAUAUCAAUAUGCAACUUCAACACUGGUUUUCCGAAUAUGAUAGAGUCCGAGGAUAGAGAUACUGGAACAGUCUGCACGGAUACACAUUGCAUAACGGUUAUCAGUAUAGAUUACAAUCUAGCUUCAAUAUUUGUUUCACCCUGUGCCCUUAUAAUGAUGUCAGGGCAGGCUGCGAUCAAGCAACGAUGUGGCCUGAAGCUAAAUCACAAAACUCCACAAGAACAAACACGUGUAUGAGCAGAAACUGGAUUUUCAUUUUUGAAGCUAUAUAAAGUCAGGAUUUCAUCAGCGGCUGUCAUAAUUAGUCCCUUUAUGUUACUGUGUGUAGUGCAUUUCUCCUUUUAAAUAAGUGUGUCUGUAAAAUACGCUCACAUGCAAAUACGUGAAGGUGUGCUAGUAUGCCCUGUGUUUAGUAACAAGACACAGACCGUCCAAAAGAUGACUCCAAAAAACCUACACAGCCAAUGAAUGGUUCCAUCAUCUUUCACCGUGGUAAUUCUUUUUCCACGACAUAAUAGGAAACACUAGCUUGGUCCCAGAUCUGCUUGUACUGUUUCGCCAACAACGUCCAUAGUAGUUGGCAAGCGAGCACAAACAGAUCUGGGGCCAGGCUAAGGAAACACUGCUGGCGGGGCCCACAUUGCUAUUUCGUGUUUUCACUUUAACCUGAACUGAUGCUACACUGUUAAAGAUGUAUUUUUGACGUCCUGUUCAAGUAUUGUUUUAAAUGCUACAUUUUAAGAUAAAAAAAUGUAUGAAGAUGCGUCAUUAUUUUGUUGAGAUUAUUUUCUCAGGUUUGGUUUUGCCUUUUGAUGUUUAAAAAUUCAAUGUUUAAGUGGAACAUUACUGUGAUAUUGUAGAUGUACUUUUUUAUGUUACUGAAGGUUUUAUAUGGCAAGUUAUGUUCUUCACACAUUAACUUCUCCCCAUGAAAUGCACUUUUUAUUUACUGAACUACAGUCAGUGCAUCAGUUUGGUUCUGUAUGUGUGUGUGGUGACACAUUUUCUGAUUUCAUUCACUUAGCUUCAGUGUUUAGGACUAGAGAAAUAUACUGAUGUUUAUUUUUAUUUACGAUGAACAACUGUAUUUCUACAGGGUUUCACGGGGUGUGACCCUCCCAAAAUACAAAAGUGUAGUUCUCAAUGAGAUCUUGACUUUCUUUCUUCCAUUCGGGUCUUAAUACGGACUAUUUUAUGCAAACCAACAUAUUAAUUUACAGUUGAAGUCGGAAAUUUACAUAAACUCGUUUUUCAACCACUCCAAAAAUAUAUUUUAAACUAUAGUUUUGGCAAGUCUGUUAGGUCAUCGACUUUGUGCAUGACACAAGUCAUUUUUCCAACAAUUGUUUACAGACAGAUUAUUUCACUUAUUCACUGUAUCACAAUUCCAGAAGUUUACAUACACUAAGUUGACUGUGCCUUUAAUCAGCUUGGAAAAUUCCCAAAAAUGAUGUCAUGGCUUUAGAAGAAUCUAAUUGGCUAAUGUAUUUCAAGGCCUAUCUGCAAACUCAGUGCCUCUUCGCUUGAAAUCAUGGGAAAAUCAAAAUAAAUCAGCUUCAGUAAAUAUUUGUAGACCUCCACAAGUCUGGUUCAUCCUUGGGAGCAAUUUCCAAACGCCUGAAGGUACUACACUCCUCUGUACAAACAAUACGCAAGUUUAAACACCAUGGGACCACGCAGCCGCCAUACCGCUCAAGAAGGAGACGCAUUCUGUCUCGUAGAGAUGAACGUACUUUGGUGCGCAAAGUGAAAAUCAAUCCCAAAACAACAGCAAAUGACCUUGUGAAGAUGCUGGAGGAAACCGGUACAAAAGUAUCUAUAUCCACAGUAAAACAAGUCCUAUAUCGACAUAACCUGAAAGGCCACUCAGCAAGAAAGAAGUCACUGCUCCAAAACCACCAUAAAAAGCCUGACUACGGUUUGCAACUGCACAUGGGGACAAAGAUUGUCCCCUAGUCUGGCGAAACAAAAAUAGAAAUGUUUGGCCAUAAUGACCAUCGUUAUGUUUGGAGGAAAAAGGGGGAGGCUUGCAAGUUGAAGAACACCAUCCCAACCGUGACGCACGGGGGUGGCAGCAUCAUGUUGUGGGGGUGUUUUGCUGCAGGAGGGAUUGGUGCACUUCACAAAAUAGAUGCAUCAUGAGGAGGAAAAUUAUGUGGAUAUAUUGAAGCAACAUCUCAAGACAUCAGUCUGCUAUGCACCCCCAAGCUUGGUCGCAAAUGGAUCUUCCAAAUGGACAAGUACCCCAAGCAUACAUACUUUAUAUGUCUUAAUAAGGACAACAAAGUCAAGGUAUUGGAGUGGCCAUCACAAAUCCCUGACCUCAAUCCCAUAGAAAAUUUGUGGGCAGAACUGAAAAAGCUUGUGCGAGCAAGGGGGCCUACAAACCUGACUCAGUUCUGUCAGGAGGAAUGGGCCAAAAUUCACCCAACUUAUUGUGGGAAGCUUGUGGAAGGCUACCCGAAACGUUUGACCCAAUUGAAACAAUUUAAAGGCAAUGCUACCAAAUACUAAUUGAGUGUAUGUAAACUUCCGACCCACUGGGAAUGUGAUGAAAGAAAUUAAAUCUGAAAUAAUUAUUUCUCUCUACUAUUAUUCUGACAUUUCAUGUUCUUAAAAUAAAAUGGUGAUCCUAACUGACCCAA